AGGAGGAGGAGGAACAGCCGAAGGCUGCGGGGAGGAGGAGGAGGAGGAACAGCCGUGACGCGGGUGACGUCAGUGCAGAGCUCGCGCGGUGUGAAGAUGGAGGUCGGGCCCUGGAGCGGCUUCUGCUUCACUGUCGUCGUCGCGGUGGUCGCCUGUCGGGCCUCGAACGAAACUGUUGUGAACCUGACUUCUUCAAGUCACACGUCGAACAAUGCGAAAGAUAAUACUACAGUCGAUCUUCUCACUAAUGAUACUUUCGAGCAAAUCAAUUCAUCUUCAAGUCACGUAAUUGACAGUACUGUCAUUACUACCAUUAAUAUUAAACCCACUCCACGGCCUUCUACAGCACUGAAUCUCAACACCAAAAACAAGAAUACUAUGCAGAGUGUUGAUCAUAAAGCUAACGAAACACCUAUGACAUUAGAAAAAGAUGCUGACAAGGCAUCAACUGUGAAAGGAAGCACUGCAGUAGAGAGAGAAAGUACAACUGUGUCUAUGAUCGAUGCAGGUAAUGCCGAUGAAGAAGAACUUCCCGUAACACCCAAUGAUGAUCCAACAAAGAUAGAUGAAAUGACUGAAGAGUUGAUUCCUGUGAGUUUGGAUGAUGAAUCCGAGGCUUACUAUGAUUCUAACCUGGACAAAGGAAUGGAUGAUAGUAAUCCAGUGGAUUAUUAUGAUCAAAACCAGAUGGAUGAGGAUGACGAGGAUGACCUGGACACCAGCGAUAUAGAGGAUUCACUGGAGCUGCCCGAUACACCAAUAUACAUUUCUGCACCAGAAGAAGACGACAGUCAUUUCUUUUUUUAUCUGGUUGUAGCUGCCUUUCUGGUUGCGAUCAUUUAUAUCACCUACCACAACAAAAGAAAGAUUUACAUUCUCCUAGUCCAAAGCAGACGAUGGAAGGAUGGUCUUUGCUCGAGGACAGUUGAAUAUCAGCGGUUGGACCAAAAUGUACAUGAUGCCAUGCCAUCACUUAAGAUUACAAAGGACUAUAUUUUCUAAGUGCAUUACUUGCAGCUUUAUAAAAGAUAAUAAUUGUCAAUCUUAUUAUAUGCAUUCCAGUUUGUAAAAAUCUUUUUCAUCUUGUGCUUACGAAAGAGUGCCAUUGAAAACACGAAUACUUGGCCUACAUCUAUAAAUAUUACAGCUAAAACAAAUCAAUUUGUUACUGAUCUUUGCUGGAAACUGUCUUUGCUGGAAGAUUUUUUAUGUGGUUAUGUGGGCCGCAUCAAAAUUACCUCUAAACUGGGUCUCUUUACUGCAUUAUAUCUGUGGCUCAACAAAGAUGCUUUUGGUUUACAAUAGCUGUCAAGACUAGAGUAGUCAGAAAUCAAAAACAAAAGCUUGCUAAUUGCUGGCAAAGGUUUUUUUUCCGCUCUUUGAAUUGAAAGACAUUUGCGUUUUGUCUCCUUUGAAUUUCAAAUUUUCCUUUUUUAUGUUACAGGGAAACGGGUGACUUAGAACUAGACAUUUGGUUGUUGUUUGUUAUCUGCCAGUUUAACAAAAUUGUAUAAAUGGCAAAUACUUUUACAUAGCUUGAGUACUGGAAAGGAAUAGGUUGGGUGGCAUGUUUGCCUGUUUUCUGUAAUUAGGCUAUUGAUCUUUUAAACCGGUACUUUUUUUUUAGUUCUGAUCAAAAUUGACUCCCUUUGAAGGUCAUGAUAUUUCUGGGUUUUGUAUCAUAAUUGUUCUUAAUAGCCUUUAAAAUGUCUUGUUAAAUGGCACUUUAGCCAAUACUGGAGUGGAAUUUCAAAAAUGCCUGCCUGUUGCCUUAGCAAAAUGUCUCCAUCUUAAAAUGCCUACCAUUUUUAUUCUGCAAUCAUAGACCUGGAUCUAUCUACUCAAAUAUGUAAACCACAAACAUUUUUAUAUUGGCUUUCGGGAGUGUCAUAUUUUAUGUUGCUAUGUUUAAUAAGGUACCUUCAAAUGUAGUGUAUUUUUCAACGUUACUUUGUGUACAGCCACAAGUGGUGGAUCAGGAGGCUUUGUUGAUACCUUUUUUUAAAGUUAUUGGUAACUCUGAUCGGUGUGCGUGGUACUAUAUACCUAAUAGGUAGUUGCUCCAGAAGCCAUUUAUCAGUCUACCUGAAAGCAUGAUUUUUUUUUUAAGUGAUUAUCGAUAAGAACCUGCAUUCAUAAGCUUGGUGUGGGAUUAUCAAGGUACUAGAUCAACACAAUUGGUCAGUUGUCUUAAAUUAUUUGGCCAAAAUAUCAGCUUUAUUAUUUUGCAAAAUUAUGUAGCAGUCCGAAUCAUAAAGGAUGAAUGACGCAAGAAACAUUUACCGAUGUAUUCUUGACUAUUUUGAUCAUGUUUUUACAAGGUAAGCCGCUUAAGGCGCAUACAUAGGGGGUGGGCAUUUUGUCCGAAUUAACUAGUGCCCAAGGUUAACCAGAGUCUGGCUUAAGUGGCUUCCACUGGUUUUGAUUUAAUGUUAGUGUGAAGCAAUGCAAAAGAAGCACAACUAAUCAUAAAUUGUUGCAGUAUUGUAGAAAUUUUGUUUUUCAUAUCUCGUGUAUGUUUUAAUAAAGUUUCUGAAUUAA